AAAUUCUAUAUGAAAUUGUAUAUGCAUGCUAGAAUUUAUAUAUUUCAUGUUCAAAUUGUUUAAAUCAUAACCUCAAAUAUUUAUUAUGAGAAACUUAGUACACAAGAGACAAAUUAUAACUCUAGAAUUUUUCAGCUUGAGAUUUUGGAAAUUUCAUCUUCUGCAUUUAUUUCUGUUCCAAAUAUUUUUAGAGAUUGACACUAUAAUUCUAAAUUCCAGCAACCCUGUCUCUUUUAUGAUAGUGACUGAUCAGCACACAUAUAUACUAUUAUUGUAUUUUCUGAGUAAUGUAUGCAAUAUUAUAUCAGUUAUUUCAAAUAUUCUCCUUGUACUAUAUUAUAUUAUAAACAUUAUAAUGAAUGCACUGCAGAGGAACCAAACUGAAAUUACUGAAUUUAUACUUUUGGGAUUUGGGGAGAUCCAUCAUCUGCAGAUCUUUCUGUUCCUUGUGUUUUUAGUGAUCUUCAUUUCAACUAUGGUGGCCAAUUUCCUUACUGUUAUUGUAAUUGUGCUUGCUCAAUCCCUGCACACGCCAAUGUACUUCUUUUUAGGAAAUUUAGCCUGCUUGGAGAUGAUAUAUAGUUCAGCCAUUCUUCCCAGGAUGAUAGCUGCUCUCAUGACUGGAGACAACACCAUCUCUGUAAAAGGAUGCAUGACACAGUUUUAUUUUGGUUCAUUCCUGGUUUGUACAGAAUGUUAUCUCCUCUCUGUAAUGUCUUAUGACCGUUUCUUAGCUGUUUGCAAGCCUUUACAUUAUUCAACUCUUAUGAAUAGCAAGGUCUGCAUACAGCUAGCAGCAGGCUCAUGGCUCAAUAGUAUUUUAGCCAUCACCCUGUAUUUGGGCUUGAUUUUACAAUUGCAGUUCUGUGGGCAAAAUGAAAUUGACCAUUUCUUUUGUGAGGCUCUCCCACUGCUGAAACUCUCCUGCAGUGACACAUUUCUGGUAAAGCUUGUUACUUUCAUUGUGGUUUUGAUCAUCACUUUCCCUCCUUUUGUUUCAACUUUGAUCUCCUAUAUCUAUAUUAUUGUUGCCAUCCUGAAAAUCCCAUCUACCACAGGCAGACAAAAAGCUUUUUCUACUUGCUCCUCUCACUUGAUUGUUGUUUCUAUUUUCUAUGGAGCCAUUGUGAUUGUGUAUCUGGUACCAAAAACAGAGGAAGUGAGAGAUUUCAAUAAAAUAUUUUCUCUCUUGUAUACAGUCCUGCCCCCUUUACUCAAUCCUCUCAUAUAUAGCCUGAGAAAUAAGGAUGUUAAAGAUGCUCUGAGAAAAGUUUCAGGAAAGUUGUUGGAUAGACAAUGUGUAAAUCAAUGAUCCAAAACCUGAUAGACUCUUACAGCUUCCAAAUUAACAUGAACAUUAGUUUGUAAUUGUUGAUUUUGCUUAAAUGGUGCAUGAUUGUCCAUGGAGUGUAUUUAUUGAAUUAAAUUGAUUUAUUUGUUUGUUUAUGUA